GGUGAACCUGGACUUCCUGGACUUCCUGGGUUACCUGGAAUUAAGGGUGAACCGGGUUUCCUAGGUCCACAGGGAGAACCUGGAUUGCCAGGAUUGCCAGGGACAAAGGGUGAAAGAGGAGAAGUAGGAGCUCCUGGGAAAGGUGAACGAGGUGAGCCUGGAGCUCCAGGGCUAAAGGGGAGGUCAGGUGAAUCUGGAACUAGAGGCCCUAAAGGGUCAAAGGGUGAUCCAGGAAAUAACGGUGAUUUGGGAGCAGUGGGACCAAGGGGUCCACCUGGAGAAAAAGGUGACCAAGGUGCCACAGAAAUUAUUGAUUUCAAUGGAAAUAUUCAUGAAGCUUUACAGAGGAUUACCACCUUAACUGUCACGGGUCCUCCAGGCCCACCUGGACUCCAAGGAUUGCAAGGAUCAAAGGGUGAACCUGGAUCACCAGGAUUAUCUGGUGCUGAUGGGGAGCAGGGACCCAAAGGUUCAAAGGGUGAUCUGGGUGACCCAGGAAUACCAGGAGAAAAAGGGGGUAUUGGACUUCCAGGUUUGCCAGGAUCCAAUGGAAUGAAAGGAGAAAAAGGAGAUGUUGGAUUACCAGGUUCUCAAGGUCCCUCUCUCAUAGGUCCUCCAGGUUCUCCUGGUCCACACGGUCCACCAGGACCUAUGGGACCUCAUGGACUCCCAGGGCCAAAGGGUGAACCAGGGUUAAAUGGUCUUAAAGGAUUGAAGGGUGAACCAGGUCACAAGGGUGACAGAGGGCCCCUUGGUCUCCCAGUAAGUAAAAUACUUCCAUUUCAGUGCAGAUUACAAACUUCUCGUUCUACUUUCAGCCCAAAACUCUGGUUUACUCAAUAGCAAAUAUAAAGCUAUCUCAUGCUGAAGUGGUGUCUUUUUUCUUAAUUAAGUCUAAUCUUGUAUCAUCCCAUAAUAAAUGGUUUUGUUAUUUGUUGCUUUUAUAUUGUUAUUUAUUUGUCAGUUGGCAACAUUAAUUAAAAUUGUGACUUUAUACCAUUAAUUAUGCCAUUAUUUAAGUGUUGUG